AAUAACAGCACUUGCGAGCCAUCUAUCUUUGUGACCAUUCCGAGGUUUCUUGUUUCGUUGUUCUUCUUUUGACUCAGUUCUGCACAAAUCAUCUUAAUAAUGGAGACCCAGGACCCCCGCCCUCGUCGUUUGUUCCGUUUACCUACAAUAGCUCGCCCAACUGCCCCAGUUCCAAUCCCGAACCCUGCCCCUGCUCCGGAGCCACGCCCACCUAUGGUUUGGCUUCCAUCCGUAAGGCCACCGGCCGGGCCGCUUCAACAACCACAAUCUCAAGAACCCACCCCACGACCAUCUGCGGUUGUUAGUCCAGCAGCCAGAGGUGCUGCCCCGAUAGCACAAGUACCUGCCGUAGGAGCAACACUUCCUGUUGCCCCUACUAGCUUAGUUCCAUCAUCUCCAACUCCAAGAGCUUCUGCUCCUAUUCCUUCCGCCACUUUUGCCACAGCUCGCGUUCCUAGCCCUAUACAACCUCCGAAAACCAUUCAACCUAUUGUUGAACCCUUACCUCAAUCUCCUAAGCCCAAGUCUACGGCUCCACCACCAUCUGCUUUGACCAUUUUGCCUUCCCAAUUGAAGUCGCAGGGUGAGCUUGAGCAGAAGAUCCCAACGGACGUCCUGCAGAAAGAUGUGGUGGUUCGGAAGACCAUCGGAAAGAAAGAAGUUUCAAAAGAAAAUAAAACCAAGGAGAUGGUGAAAAGUAGUUGCAAAAAUAUUUUGGAUUUAGAGGAGGUGGGUAUGAGGGUUAUAACAAUUUCUGGAGAAAACAGAGGCGCCUUUAUGAAAGUAAUCCAGUCGGCCUCAAAGAAACAUGAAGUUGUUCACAGGAAUGAAAAUCCCAAAACAGAAAGCCAUGGAAAUGACUGGGAAAACAGUACUAGUAGCGAUGAGGCCGUGGGAAAUCUGAAGAAGGACAAGAGUCAUAAAGGAAAAGUGACAAGUUCAAUGCCCAUGAGGGCAUUCGUGAACAGCAAUGUGCAGAGCAUUAACAACUCCAUCCUCUACAAUUCUUCAUGCACUCACAAUGAUCCUGGGGUGCACCUUGAUUUCUCUUCAAACUAGGAAGCCCUACGCCGCGCGAGUUCGAUGUCAAGGUUCAGAACUAGAGAAGACUUAUAAGAGAGGUUAAGCAGUGUCUGUUGUUAGGCUAAGGUAUGUACCUAAGAGAAUAAGCUAAGGGUGACUUGAGUGUUGGUUAUUAAACAAGGGAUGGGUUCUAAAUCAUGAUAGCUAGUUCCACUUCUAGCUACUAAAGUGUAUGUACGUAGGUAGUUCGAGAUUGUCGAUGGCCACCUAUAUAUAUACAUAUAUACAUAUAUGUUUGGUAAUAAACGUGCGAUUUUCACA